UUCAGUAGCAAGCGAGCGCUCAGCGUGUGAACACGUUGUCUCUGGCAGCAGCAGUAGAACCAGUGGUAGAACAGUCAUAGCAUAGUGUUAGUCACUGUUUACAUGUGAACGGUCGCAGUCACUGUGAAGCGUCGCCGAAGUUUAGACUGAACAAAGUGAACGAAGUCUGGCAGUACCAAAAAAAAAGAAGAAGAAGAAGAACAAGUACAAAGAGUGUGAAGAGAGAUAGAGGGAAAGAGACAUAGAGAGAUAGAGGGAGGGAGAUGGUAGCCAACAUAUAUGUAUGUAUGUAUGAAUGGCAUGUGAAAUGACUUUAUUUGUGUCAACAAAACUCGAAAACGAAACUCGAAAACAAAACCAAGAUAAACAGCAUUUUAUUCGCAUUGUUGAUCAACAGCAGCCACAGCGCCAGCAGCAACAAACAGCCAAAGAAACAACAACGGCAACAGCAGCUGGCAAACAACAUUGAACAACAAUUGACAUCACGCAUACGCCGCGUUUGACGCCGCAACAAAUUUGUGCGCUGCAAAACGCAGCAAUUUUUGUGUGUUAAUUGGUCGUGGCGAAUGGUGUCUGACUAUUUGCGAAUAAAGUUGCAGCACGGCAGCAGAAGCAGAAGCAGCAGCAUCAGCAGCAAGUGAAGUGAAACGGCCAAGAAUAAUACAGUAGCAACAGCAGCAGCUGACACAAGCUACAACAGCAGCAACAGCAGCAGCAGCAACAGCAACUUGCAGCGAGCCAAAUUGUUGCAUACUUUGGCAGUUACAACGAGCUCACGCACACACACUUACGGCAGCAACAUGCCGUUGUUGUCGCUGGCAACAGCAGCAACACGCAGCAGAGCCAGCAGAACAUGCCAUGUUGCCAACACAUUUCAAUUGCUGGCAAUUGCGUUUUAUUGUUGCUGUCAAUUGGAGCUGCUGUUGGUGCACGGACAGCAGCAACAGCAGCAGCAGCCGGCGAUUCCUGGCGGCCAGCAACAGCUAAAGUAUCAGCAAUUGCAGUAUCAAAUGCAGCAGCAAUAUGAAUACCAACAGCAGCAACACUUUCAGCAGCAGUUCCAGCAACAGCAACAACAGCAGCAGCAGCAGCAGCAACAGCAACAACAGCAACAGCAAUUAGUGUUGCCAACAGUUGGGCAAAUGUUACCGGAGCAACCUAUCGAUUUGCUAUCCACCCAAGCAACUCAGCAGCUGCUCCAAACGGGCGUCUCGCUCAUUGUGGACGAUGGCAAAUCAACGCCAGAGGCAGCUGCAGCAGUGCCACGUAGACGACCGGGCGGCGGAGGAGCAGGUGCAGGUGGAGGCAAACGAAAGCGACGUCCGCAACUGCCGCUGGCCACGAUGGGUGCCAACGAGGAGGAGGGCGAGCCAAAUGGCGCCUAUUGGCGCGGCCAUGUGGAGGAUGCUGCAGCUGGUCGACGCAAACAGUUGCCCAUACGCGAGCCGAUGGCGGCGCUAGAAAGGGAGCGCGAGCGCCAGCGACUGCGUCAGACGGAGGCGCCCCCCUUGAGCGCCAGCAAAGCCUACCGUCGACCCUACGGCCAGGCCAAGAAACAAGACCAGGAGCAACAACAGCAGCAACAGCAACAGCAGCAGCAGCAACCAAUUGCUGCCACAGGCAAUAGCAAAACGUCUGUUGACCUGAAGAACAUCUUGAAGAACUCGGGCGGCCUCAGCCUCAGCGAGAUAUUGCAGCAGAAGAAUCUGUCGCUGGACGAUCUGCUCAAGGGCAAGCAGAAUGCGCUGCUGGCGCUGCAGACAACAGCGGUGGCGCCUGCUACCAGCCAGGAGGCCAAGACAGCAGCAGCAGCCAGUCACAGUAGCAACGGCAAUGGCAACGGCAACAAGCAUGGUGUCCGACGCAUACCCGCCGCGUUUCUGGCGCAGGAGGAGGAUCAACAGCAGCAGCAACAGCAGCAGCAGCAGCAGCUGGAGGAUUCGCGGGAGGAACUGUUCAAGCCCAAGCCGAAUAAGCUGCCGGCAUUGCAGCGUUUGAAGCUAUUUGGCAGCUCGUCGCGCGAAAGCAGCAGCACUCGACGCCUAAGCAGCAGCACAGCAGCAACAACUGUUGCUAGCAGCUCAACGACAACAACAACAACAACACGAUUGCCGCUUUACAAGAAACGACAGCAAAUGCGUUCCACACUAAAGCCGCACGGGUUGUUCAAAGCAACAACGAGCAGCACAACAACGCCAACAACAACAACAACAUCAGCAGCAGCCACAACAACAACAACUGCAGCAGCAGCAACAGCAGGCACAACAGAGCAAGCUGAGGACGAAUUGCUGUUGCUGGAAACAACAACAACAGCAACACCAACAGUUGCUGCAGCAGAUAUAUCUGAGGAAGAAAACAGCAGUGAAUUGUUAACAGCAACACGUUAUCGCAUACGCAACAGCAGCAACAACAGCAACAGCAACAACAACAGCGGCAACAGCAGAGAGCAAACGAAGCGAUUACGGGACAAUAUUAUUGGCAGCAAUCACGAUAGAAAUUCCGUGGAAGGCAUCGAAGAUGUGGAGUUGGAGUUGAACGAUAACAUCGUCAGCACAGCGGCAACAUACAACAGCAGCAGCAGCAGUAGCAGCAACAACAACAGCAGCGAGGAGCAACAGGAGGGCAACGAUGAGUUGGAGAACUUUUUCGAUGAAGUCGAAAGCAAUACGCAUCACAUACGCUUGCCAGCGCCGACAGCAACAGCGCGACCAACCAAGCAACACAUACGCACACAACAGCAGCAGCAGCAACAACAACAGCCGCUGCUGCUCGUCGAUGAUGUGGACGAUCGCACGGAUCUACUCGAACUAAUCGAAGAUCGACGGUCGGGCAAUCGUUUGUUCAAAGUGCUCGAGCAACGCAACAUGACGCUGGAGGAGCUGAUCGAGCAUCGUAAACGAGGCUCGAGUCAGCUGCACCUAUCCACGAUCCUCAGCUCGGGCAGUGAGCAGUCACGCUAUUAUCCCGGCCAGAAGGUGGUGCUGCAGGAUAAUAUGGAUAUUGUGACGGCAUUUGAGAAUUUUCCGCAUUUCAAUUUGAUCGACUUGAAGAGCGUGAAACCGGAUGAGAUUAAAACGGACUCGCAGGGCUCCAGCUAUUUCACAUCGAUUAUCGAUAUUGAGCCGAACAAUGAAAAUGGUGAUGAUGGUGCCAGCGAUGGCAUCGAUAACAAUCGCAAUCGAGGACCCGCCUAUGCCCAAACAUCCCUAUCAGCCACACCCACAGCACAGCAACAACAUCAGCAACCGCGCAGCGAAAAGUCGCUAAAUUUCUUUCCCUCGUGGAAAACCUUGGCGCUCGCCUCGCUGGCCACGGCUCGAGCUGGCGGCGUCAAUGCGGACGAUAAGCGGACCGCGUACUAUUUGCCGCCGCCACGCCUACUGCUGGACUCGCAGGAGCAGGACGAUAGCAGCAGCAGCAGCAACAGCAUGGACAUUGAUCUAAGUGUGAAUGCAUUUGGCGGCUCGAGCAGCGUCAAUGUGAGCAAACUGGCGCCCAGCGAGGACAACAGCGAUGUCAUCGAUACCAUUGAGAAUGAGGUGGCGCGGGCUCACGAUUUGCUCGACUUGGAGCUGUCCGGGCAUGGCUUCCGCCGUAGUCCGACAGCCGCGGCGACAACAAUGUCGCAGCAGCAUCUGAGCAGUCUCUAUGCGAGCAUGCCGGCGGGCAUACGAUCGGCGCUGGUGGCCAGUGCGGCCAUUGUGCUGACGUCGCUGGCGACGCUGAUGGUGAUCUUUGUGGUGUGCCGCUGGAAGCAGCAUCGGAAGCGCAAGUCGAGCUACCUGAAGACCUACAAUGCGAUGAAGAGUAAGCUGCCCCAGUUGGCACAGACGGCGAACGCCUCGCGUCGCUCCUCGCUGCGCCAGCACAUGGAGGAGCUGGUCAUCACCAGCAGCAGCGGCACCAACAGCAGCGGCAGCAACAACAGCAGCGAAAUGUGCCACAAGCCGCAAAAGGCUGCACUCGGCAUUGCCACAGUGUCGUGCAACACGCCCGUGCACCAUCAGUAUCAGCAUCAACAGCACUCACAUCAGCUGCAGCGCCAGAGCUCGUUGCUAUUCAGCCGCGAGGGCUGCUCCGUGACGACAGCAGCAGGAGCAGCAGCAGCAGCAACAUCAGCGGCGGCUGCAGCAACGGCCACAUCUGCUGGGGCGGCGGCCACAACAGCAACUGCCACCGCAACAGCAGCUGGGCGUGGCGUCAAUUCAUUGGCAUUAACACUGCGCAGCACGCAUCAGAAACUCAAUACCAUGGAUCCCAAUUCGCCCGAGGUGCAGGAAUACCUAUUCGAUACGUUGCGCAAAUCAUUCGAUAAUUAAUUUAGCACUAGACUCUAGAUAACAAAUACACACACACUCACACACCCCUAGAGAACCGUUGAUGGUAUUCGCUCCGUUUAGGCCAAGUUUUAUAUAAACUAUAAAUAUAUAAAUAUAUAUAUAUAUAUAUAUAUAUAUGAUAUAUAAACAUAAUCUAAAUAUACACGGAAAAUAUGCUAGUUUAUGAAUCUAAGAGAAAUGGAAUUUUUUUUUUGUGUAUGUUGCAAUUAAGAAUAGUAAGAGAAAAGAAACGAAGAAAGAAGAAGAAGAGGAACAAACUGUCGUUGCAUAUGGCUUAUAUGACACUGUCCUACAAAUUGUUUUUAAAAAAAGAUUCGAACAAAUUGAGAUGAAAAGUAAGUAAAAGACUGGAGAGAGAGAAGGAGGCAGUGCAUAGAGCGAGCAUAGGAGGGAGCAAGAUUGGAGUUUGAUUAAACUUCAGGUCCAAUCAAAUGAAGAAGAGCCCAAAGAAAAACUAACUGAGAAACGAAAUGAGAAAGGAAACCAGAAGCAAGAUACGAAAAUAAAUAGAGAAACGAAGCUAAAAGCAACAAGUUAAGGUAAAAACAAUAUCUCCAGUGAAGUAGAGAGAAAAGUUUGCUGCAAGGCCAAAAGGGGAAGGAAGAAACGUAAGUAAAUUAAGAAAUAGGGUAAGAUAAGUGAGAAACAAAGAGAUGAAAACCAGACGAGAGGUUGAAGACAAGUCAAGAAGUUCAAUCUACAAUCGUAAAGUGAGAAGUGAAGGGAGAAGCGAAAGAGGGAGCAAGAGAAAGAGGAAGAGAGAGAGAGAGGGAGAGGGAAAGAAUGCAAACAGAAACAAGCCAACAACUUAAGAAAUAAGCAUAGCAAAGCAAGAAAGAAGUUCAAGAAAAUACUUUGGCAGUGAGAAGCAAAAGCAAAUACAGCUCACUAGAUAUAGAGAAGUAAAGAAGAAGUGCGAGUAAUAGAAUAACAAGAAGAGUCUGUUCAAUCGCAGCAUCCGCUACAUCUCAUUUAUCGCGCCUGAAAGGGCAGAAACGAAAUGGAACGCCACCCUCAACUAAAAAAAAUAUCAGAUCCAAACGAACAAGGAGAAACAUGGGGCUUCUCUAAAAUAUGUAAAAAACAAAAAAAAAAAAAAAAAAAAAAAAAAAGUAAUAAAUAUAUUGUAUAACAACAAAUUCAGUGAAUGCAAUUUGUAGGCCUGUGUCAUAUUUAGCCUUAGGCACGUACUUAAAUAAAUAGUAUUUAAAUCUUAGACCUAAUUACAGUUCGAACUACAGCUAACCUAAAACAAAAAUCCAUUAAAUGUGAAAGUAGAAAAUGCAAAAACAUCUGAAAAGUCGAGUUAAGUGAUUCAAUAAAAACUGCGUUUCAGGGGCACAAAUAGAAUUUGAAGUGGGUUUCGCUAGAGCACAAGCAAAGGAGGAUAGAUAGUUAGAACGAAAGAGAGAGAGAGAGAGUAAGAGAGUAGGAACGGGAGGGGGCAAGAGCGAGAGGGCAAGCACCAAAAUAAAUGACGAAACAAAUUAUGCAAAAAUCUGUUGGAAAUCCCUAAAAAAAAAAUUUUAAAAACAAUGUUUGACGACAAUAAAUUUUUCCAUCGAUACGAAUCCCAACAAACUAAACCAAAUUCAUUGCUCUACAACAAAAACAACAACUAUACUAUAGCCAAACCCCAUGUGCACUAGACAAAGUUAGGCAAGCUGCCCAACACUGGCAAAUUAGAAUAACUGCAAAUAAAAUAAUAUAAAACAGAAUUUUGAAACACGAUUUCAUUUUUUGUGCCCACAAAAUACAAGAAAUCCAACUAAAUACAAAUACAAAUAUAUA